AUGCCAGGCCGCGCCACCACUUUUGGCCUCGGCCUGGCCAACGUCCUGGGCAUCAAGCUCGAUGACCAAAAACCGGACUCACAGGACGAGGUCACCCGAGGCGAAUCCAUUCUGUCGAUCCAGAGCAAUACUUCUUUCUACGAGAGAGAGCCCACAUCGGCAGAAUGGCUUCGAGAACAGAUCCCGUCGCUUGACGAGUUGGCCGAAUAUGGAACUUCUCUAUUCCCCUUCUUGACAUGGAUCGGCCACUAUAACCUGCAGUGGUUUGCUGGAGACUUGGUUGCUGGCAUCACCAUCGGCGCUGUCGUUGUCCCCCAGGGAAUGGCUUAUGCCAUGCUCGCAAACCUGGAACCCCAGUUCGGUCUCUAUUCAUCAUUCAUCGGCGUUCUAAUCUACUGGAUAUUCGGUACAUCCAAGGAUAUCUCUAUUGGCCCCGUCGCCGUUCUCUCCACCGUGGUCGGCAAUGUAAUCCAGGACAUCCAAUCCUCCGGACACGAUAUUCCAGCUCAUGUCAUUGCAUCGGCCUUGUCUAUCGUCGCGGGCUGCGUCGUCCUUCUUAUUGGGCUACUCCGGUGUGGUUGGAUAGUUGAUCUCAUCUCCAUCACCUCCCUCUCCGCCUUCAUGACAGGUUCAGCCAUCACCAUCUGCGUCGGCCAGUUGCCUGCUCUUCUGGGACUGACAGGGUUCUCAAACCGCGAAUCUCCUUACCAAGUUCUGACCAACACAUUGAAGCACCUCGUCCAAGCAAGACUUGAUGCUGUCGUCGGCUUGUCGGCCCUGACCAUCCUAUACUUCAUUCGCAUGAGCUUCAGCGCCGCGGCAGAACGGUUUCCGAAGCACAAACGAGUCUUGUUCUUCGCUAAUACAAUGCGGACCGUCUUUGUCAUUUUGGUGUACACGAUUAUCAGCUGGGUGCUCAACAUGAAUAGACGAGGUGAUCCCCUCUUCAAAAUUUUGGGGACUGUUCCAAAGGGAUUCCAAAACAUUGGUGCACCGAAGAUAACAUCUGAACUGGUCUCCGAGUUUGGACCACACCUACCCGCCACGGUAAUUGUGUUACUUGUAGAGCACAUCGCCAUCUCCAAAUCAUUUGGGAGGGUCAACAAUUACACGAUCGACCCAUCACAGGAAAUGGUUGCGAUUGGCAUGGCCAAUCUCAUCGGACCCUUCCUUGGCGCGUAUCCCUCAACAGGGUCUUUUAGUAGGACGGCAAUCCAGUCCAAAGCCGGUGUGCGGACGCCUGCUGCGGGUAUCAUCACUGGUAUUGUUGUUCUACUUGCAACAUAUCUCUUGACAUCCGUAUUCUUCUAUAUCCCGAGCGCUGCCCUGGCAGCUGUCAUUAUUCAUGCCGUUGGCGAUCUCGUCACGCCGCCAAACACCAUCUACCAGUUUUGGAGGGUUUCCCCAGUCGAAGUUUUUAUCUUCUUCACUGGUGUCAUCGUCAGCAUCUUUGCUCAGAUCGAGGAUGGAUUAUAUUCCACUGUCUGUCUUUCAGGGGCUGUUCUUAUCUACCGGAUCCUCAAAGCCAACGGCCGGUUCCUCGGUAAAGUCAAGGUUCACUCAGUCAUUGGCGACCACGUCAUUGGAGAUGAUCAUCGAAAAGUCGUGGGGCAAUAUGGCACCUUCGAGAACCCAGAAACUUCAGCGAGGAAUAUCUUCUUGCCACUCGACCAUGGCGAUGGCUCUAACCCGGAAGUCAAGGUCGAUCACCCAUAUCCAGGAAUCUUCAUCUAUCGUUUUUCCGAAGGCUUCAACUAUCCAAACGCAAACUCUUCAUUGGAUUAUCUCACCGACUUUAUUCAGGCGAAGACUCGGCGAAGCAGCCCAGAAGCGUUUGAACGCCCAGGGGAUAGGCCUUGGAAUAACCCAGGACCGAGGAAAUCUGCGAAGCGGCCUGCACAUAUCGACUCGGAUUCUCGUUUGCCAACAUUAAAGGCGGUGAUUAUGGAUUUUAGUUCAGUUAACAACGUCGACAUCACCUCUGUCCAGCGACUCAUCGAUAUUCGAAAUCAGCUCGACUUGUACGUUGCCCCUGACAUGGUCGACUGGCACUUCGCCUGCAUCAACAAUAGAUGGACAAAGCGGGCCCUUGUAUCUGCGGGCUUCGGAGUGAAACCGGACGGCGAAGGAGCGCAACAUGGAUGGAAGUCGAUCUUCAGCGUGGCAGAGAUUGGAGGGCAAGACUCUGCUGCGGCGCUGGCUCGGGAAACAAGCUACCAUGACGUCUUUCCCAGGCAUACGGACCCAACUGAAGAGGAGGCAUUGAUUGAUGGACUCUCUCCUGGACAGUCAUACGGCGCCAUGUCUCCAGGAGAAUUAGAGAAGCAGAGACGGAGAGGCGCAGUGGUCCAUGGUCUGGACACGCCCCUAUUCCACGUCGAUCUGACGAGUGCACUUCAGAGUGCAGUCGCAAAUGUUGAAGCAAGGUCGGAUUUUAGAAGCGCGGCAUCGGAUUAG